UCGUCUGACUGCUGCCAAGGCCCGCCCCUUAGUUACGGCUCGCGUUUGGGUUUCUAUGUAAACAGCUCGAGUAGACAUGGCGGCCCCCUGCAAAAUAAGAACCUCUCAGCAUUAUACGGGCGGAAUAAAGAAGCAGCUUCGCGAUGGUUAUGGACUUUACGUUUAUGCAAAUUCAUUUUUCCGGUAUGAAGGCCAGUGGAAAUCUGGUAAAAAACAUGGUCAUGGAAAGCUUUUAUUCAAAGAUGGAAGUUUCUAUGAAGGGGAGUUUGUGGAUGGUGAGAUUACUGGAAAUGGUUUGCGUUACUGGGCAUCAUCAGGAAACAAAUAUUCUGGAGAAUUCCAAGCUGGGGAGCUUCAUGGUUAUGGUGUAAUGCAGUACAAAGAUGGUGGAAGAUAUGAAGGAGAGUUUGUAUUUGGAAUAAGAGAAGGACAUGGUUUGCUGGUAGACAAAGAAGGAAAAACAUACAGUGGAGCUUUUCACAACAACAAGAAAUAUGGAGCAGGCCAGAUGAAAUUUAUGAAUGGUGAUAAUUAUGAGGGAGAUUGGAUUUUGGAUCAGAGACAAGGACAUGGAGUUCUUCAUUGCGCUGAUGGAUCUAUUUAUGAGGGACAGUGGCGAAAUGACGUGUUCAAUGGACAAGGAAUUAUGAUUCAUUGCUCCGGAGUAAUUUAUGAUGGACUGUGGAUCAAUGGUCAUCCUGCUGUUGCUGCCAAGAAGAUGGUUAUUUUAGGUGAAGACAUAAUUAACUUUAUUCAAGGAUCACCUUCCACGGUUCACAUUCAGCUACAGACAGAAGAAGGGGAAACUGUAAACAAUGAAAAUGGACGUGUCUUAAAAAUCAGUGCUGGGAUAAAAUACUUGCAGCCCAUCAGAAGUCAGACUCCAAGCUUUUUAGAGCUAAUAGAGGACUUGGAAGAAAAGCCUUUUCAGACUCCUUUUGGCUAUGAAUGUAUUAACUAUCCUCUGACACAAACUGUAUCAAGGAACCAAGACCAGAAAGACACUGUCCCUUUUAACAGCCAGUCUAGAUCUGUAUCUUGUGGUAUAUCACUCCUUUCAAAGGACAGCAUAUCAGAACAUGGAUCUGUGGCUUCACAAGAAACAGAAUCGGCACUUAAUUCUUUUGGUGAAUCAGAAUACCCAGAGAUCUCCGUAACUACAGAUGAAAUGUAUUUACCACCUUCAAACGUGAGAGUAGAAGCAGGAUGUGCUGUAUUCAAAGAUAUUAUGCCUGGACCACCACCUUCCAAAGUCCAGCAUCUUUUAUCAAUCAAUGAGACCGACAAGAAUAAGGGGAAAAAGCCAAGCAAAAUAUCUGCUGAGAAAAUGACAGUCUCACAAGAAAAGAUUGAAGACAGCAGAUCAGAAACAAUAAUGAAGGAGCGCAAAGUCAAAAAAGAGAAUCAGUUACAGGACAGCAACCUUGUACGACCAGGCGAAUACAUUAUCAUCAUGGUUGAAGACGUGACGGUCCCUCCAUUUUUGGGUUAUACGCUUCCACCUGUCUUCAAGCUUACUAGAGUUCUUCUUGAGAAACCCAAAGGCAAAACCAGUCGCAAAGAAACCCUUAAAAUUGCAAGCAUGUGAAACGCCUUAAGGAUGUCGUAUGUUUUUAGUCUUAUUUUUUUUCUAGAAAUAAAAGUGUUUCGCAGA